AGUACGCAACGAGUGUUCAACGCGCGCAGAGUGAAGCCCUCAGUGAGAAAUUUCUUUUCUGGUGAAUAAAAACAAAGCGAAGCACUGACUUCCUCCGCUCGAUAGUUAAAUUUCUACCUCACUCCAUCAUUUCUACGCCUUGGCGAUGGACGUGGCUAGUUGACUGUCGUGAAAGUGUACUUGCAAACAAGAAAUACAUAAUUAAAAAGUGAAGGACCAUAAAAAAUCCCCAGGGAGAGACCAACUUCAGAAACUGUUUCCCAGUAAAUAAUGCGGAGCGCCUCGAGAGAUCUUAAUUGAAUAAUCGCAGUUGUUACGAGGAAAAAACACAAUGUACGAGGAAAAGAAGAACAAUUCCUGCAUUCUCCCCGUGGGACACGCGAGGAGAAUGCCAUCAGUGGACAUAGAAUUCUCGGAGCUCACCUACACGGUACCAAGUGGAAGGAAAGGCUCGAAAAUGAUUCUGAGAGGAGUCAGUGGACAGUUCAAGUCUGGUGAACUCACGGGGAUUUUAGGACCUUCAGGCGCCGGGAAGUCUACAUUAUUGAACAUUCUAGCUGGUUACAAGUCAACCGGAAUGACAGGAUGCAUAUCCAUCAAUGGAGUCAAGCUAAAUUCGAAGAGAUUCAAGAAGCUGUCUUGUUACAUUAUGCAAGAGGAUCUGUUGCAGCCCAAACUCACUGUCCUGGAGGCUAUGAAUUUUUCUGCUGAUUUGAAAUUAGGACUCCACGUGGAUCGGCAAACUAAGGAUGCUGUCGUGGACGACAUCUUGGAGACUUUGAGACUGACAAAUGCGAGAGACACAGUUACCGAGAGAUUGUCCGGAGGCGAGCGGAAGAGGCUGUCAAUUGCCCUUGAACUCGUCAAUAACCCCCCCGUAAUCUUCUUAGAUGAGCCGACAACAGGCUUGGAUGAUUUAUCAUCGAUACAAUGCAUAGAGCUUCUGCAGAGAGUAGCCAAGAGUGGGAGGACUGUUAUUUGUUCGAUUCACACACCGAGUGCUAGUAUUUUUUCCAAAUUUCAUCAUGUUUAUGUGAUCACUACGGGUCAAUGCGCCUACAGGGGGCCUGCCAAUGGAGUCAUACCAUUUCUCCAUCAGAUGGGGAUUGAUUGUCCCAUUCACUACAAUCCCGCUGAUUUCGUUAUCGAAAUUUCUUCUGGAGAAUACGGAGCUGAAUACGUCGAAAAAAUGGUCUCGGCAGUUGAUAUAAGGUGUCCCAUUACCCCAAUCUCCAGAUCUCCAAAAUGUGAACUCGAAAUUGAGGAAACAAGUAUUACAAUACCCUGGUGGGAUCAAUUCUACAUCUUAUUACGAAGAAUGAUGCUGCAAUUUUACCGAGAUCGAAAUUACGUAUUUUUGAAAAUAUCAUUGCACAUUUUCCUGGGCUUCGUAAUCGGUGGAUUAUUCCUGGGGAUUGGAAAUGACGGGUCAAAAACCCUCUUCAACUUUGGUUUCUGCUUCGCCUGUCUCAUUGUCUUUCUGUUCAUUCCAAUGUUACCAGUGCUGUUACACUUUCCUCUGCAAGUACAACUCGUGAAACGAGAGCAUUUCAACAGAUGGUACAAAAUAAGCCCCUAUUUCUGUGCACUAACAAUAUCCACGAUUCCAGUACAGAUUAUUCUUGCACUGAUCUACCUCUCAAUGGUCUACUUCUUCGUGGGUCAACCGCUGGAGCUCUUCCGAAUAGCAAUGUUCUUCAGCACUUGCAUAGUCUGUGUAUUUAUUGCUGAGACUUUGGGUCUAGCCAUAGGCAGUUCCCUCAGCAUCGUAAAUGGUAUGUUCGUGGGGCCUGUGAUAUCGGUACCUCUGAUGCUGGUGGCGGUGCAGGGAAUGGGCGAGCAAGGGCCACUACCGUUUUAUCGCCUCCUUCCUAUGUACCUCAGCUAUAUACGAUACGGUUUAGAGGCACUUUGCGUCGCUGUCUUCGGAUAUGGGAGGAAGAAACUCCAUUGUCCUCCUGCGGAGAUCUAUUGUCAUUACAGCAUUCCUAAAGAAAUGCUGCGGACUAUGGGAAUGGUGGAGUCCGGAUUUUGGAGUAAUUUCCUCGCCCUCAUCGUCAUCCUCAUAGUCUUCAGGGCGAUCACUUAUUACUUACUGAGGCAGCGUCUCCAGCCCAACAAGACGUUCCAAGCGUUACACCUGAUCGGAAGACUCGUGAAGAGUCAUCUAAGCAUGGAGUGAUAAAAAUUUUGUGAAUUUUAUAUUUAUGACAAAUGAGAAAUUGUACAGACGCAGUUCUAGAAUUUUCACGAUUUUAAUACGGAUAAUUCGAAGAAUGUAUGCUUGCUGAGACGAUCAGCGGGUUUAACCAGUGAGUCAAUUAAUAAUUAUAAAUUAUAUCAUUAAUCUGUUUAGAGUGUUUUUUUCUAGUUGAACUUGAGUCAAACAAAAAUAAAGCAUGACAGAAUAAAUCAAUCAUUGAAAAAAAU